AUGACCCCCAAACCCCUCAUAACACACCUCUACACCGCCGACCCCUCAGCCCACGUCUUCAACAAAAAGCUCUACAUCUACCCCUCCCACGACCGCGAAACAGACAUCGCCUUCAACGACAAUGGCGACCAAUACGACAUGCACGACUACCACGUCUUCUCCAUGGACUCACCCUCCGGCCCCGUAACAGACCACGGGCCCGUCCUCUCCGCCACCGACGUCCCCUGGGUCUCCAAGCAAAUGUGGGCGCCCGACGCCGCAACCAAGAACGGGCAAUACUACCUGUACUUUCCCGCGCGCGACAAGGACGGCAUAUUCCGGAUCGGCGCCGCGGUGGCCCCAAACCCAGAGGGCCCCUUCGUGCCGCAAGCCUCCUACAUCGCCGGCAGCUACAGCAUCGACCCGGCCUCGUUCGUCGACGACGACGGCACGGGCUACCUCUAUUUCGGCGGGCUGUGGGGCGGCCAGUUGCAGUGCUGGGUGGAGGAUGGCAGCGGGAGCGGGGCGCUGACAUUCGAUGCGUCGCGCGCCGGGCCCCAGGAGCCGGGUGGUGCGGGUGUGCGCGCGCUCUUUCCGCGCGUGGCGCGGCUGAGCGAUGACAUGCUCUCCUUUGAGGGGGGGGUGCGCGAAUUGAGGAUUCUGGCGCCUGAGACGGGGGAGCCGCUUGCGGCGGAUGAUCAUGAGCGCAGGUUUUUCGAGGCGGCGUGGAUGCAUAAGUAUAAGGGCACGUAUUAUUUUUCGUAUUCGACGGGUGAUUCGCAUUAUCUUGUUUAUGCGACGGGGGCGUCGCCGUUUGGGCCGUUUACGUACCGCGGGAGGAUUUUGGAGCCGGUGCUUGGGUGGACGACGCAUCAUUCUAUUGUGGAGUUUCAGGGGAGGUGGUGGUUGUUUUAUCAUGAUUGUGAGUUGUCUGGGGGCGUGGAUCAUUUGAGGUCGGUUAAGAUGAGGGAGAUUGUUUAUGAUGAUGAGGGGGCGAUUAGGCUUGUGGAGGAGUAG